GAGAAUAAUCAACGACCAGAAUCAGGCAGAUGAUUGUAUAUAAAUAGCAAGCCCGAGGUUUUCUUGAAACAGAGGGAAGCAGUAGCAAAAAGAAAUCAAAUAUAAUUAGAUAUAGGAACAGAUCCCCAUGGGAAGGUCUCCUUGUUGUGAUGAGAAUGGCCUUAAGAAAGGACCCUGGACUCCUGAAGAAGAUGAAAAGCUUGUUCAAUACAUCCAAAAACAUGGCCAUGGAAGUUGGAGAGCCCUCCCUAAACUUGCAGGUCUUAACAGAUGUGGCAAGAGUUGUAGGUUAAGAUGGACAAAUUACUUGAGGCCAGAUAUCAAGAGAGGGAAAUUUUCUCAAGAAGAGGAGCAGUCAAUUCUACAUCUCCAUUCCAUACUUGGAAACAAAUGGUCAGCUAUUGCGACGCACCUACCAGGCCGGACUGACAAUGAAAUCAAGAAUUUCUGGAACACACAUUUGAAGAAGAAGCUGAUUCAAAUGGGUUUUGAUCCAAUGACCCAUCAACCAAGAACUGACCUCUUUUCCAGCUUGCCCCAUCUUUUAGCCCUUGCUAACCUUAGAGACCUGAUGGUGGAUCAUCACCCAUUAGAUGAACAAGCUAUGAGAUUACAGGCAGAAGCUGUGCAGUUGGCUAAGAUUCAAUACUUACAGUAUCUUCUCCAAUCCGCGGCUCCAAUAACCACCAACUCUUAUGGCCAAAAUGACAUCACAGACAUGGAGGCUCUUAAUUUGUUGAGCUCAAUUCCUGCUUUCAAAGAAAACCCAGUUUUAAAUUCGUCAAAUGUGGAGAAUUCAUCCUCAUUUUCUCCUGGAAAUACUACCUUUCAACCACUCCACCACCCAAGCUUAUUAGCUCACUUGUCAGACCCACAAGUCCCUUUCAAUUUUCAGACUUCUUUGAAUAGUGAGAUGGGUCAAGGUUGUAACUUUACAAUGGUCAGCCAAGGAGAUAACCCACAUGAUGACUCGUCCUUGGUUUUCCCAUUUCCGACUCCUGUUAUUUCAACUAUGACUGAUGAUAUGUCUUUAAGCAAUCCUGGAGAUGCUAGUAGUAGUACCUCUAGCUAUGGUGGAGCUUCGUCAUUUUGGCCUGAACUAUUUUUUGAAGAUCCUAUUAUGCAUGAGAUUUCUUAGUUAAUUCUUUCAUUUUGGACUGUUUGGAGUUGCAUCACCCUUCUAUGUUUGUAAACACCUUUUUUUCUUUUUCUUGGUUUUUGUUUUUUUAUUUUUUUUAUUUGAGUGUUAUGUUUGUUGGUUGUAAACACUUAAUGCCUGCAGAUAGACACAUCAACCGCAUGUGUACACAAAUACAUCUCUAUGCAUGUAUAUGACACAUAUAUACAUCUUAUCUUUCAAUA